CAGACAUUACACAUACAGUAUGAUCUGAGGAAGUUUGUGUCCGUGCAUCUUUUAUUCAACUACUCCCCUUUUCAGGUAGUGAGCACAACGUGGCCAUGGAUCAAACCAAACUGGAAUGGCAGACCUUUAAUGGCUCUCUCCCCAACGGAGCAGUUUCAAUCUACAAUGAAAAGGCGAAACACGACUAUGUUAGCAAAUACAGUAGCUCGGCCGGCUUCUACAACCCUUACAAGGGUCCUUACUGCCUCUACCCCUAUGGAGACAAAGAGCUCCGUCGCUCCCCAUUUGAGAUCCUGGUAAACAAAGACAACUUUGAGUUUUUAGAAUGGAAGGAUGGCUCCAGGGGUUCAGUGCCUGAGAAUGCAGUCGAGACCUGGCCCGGCAGCAAUGUUUAUGUUGGGAAGAAUGAGUAUGGUCUUGGGAAGGUGGUUGUUCAACACGAGGCCCUCUUCAUUCCGUGGGAAGGUUCUGAAUAUUGGUACAAGAGCUACCAGGUCUUGACCGUUAACAAAGAUGUAAUCAGCGAGGACAUAUCUGAUGUCAAGUAUAAGACUGAUGGGGUUAAAGUCGUUAAGUAUCCUCCAGAGACCAUGCAAACAUCUGUCCUCACCAACAAUGAUUGUCGUUCAGUGAAACAGACAACUACACUCUCAGAGACAACCCAAAAGGAGAAAAGGUGGGACUUCAGCUUUUCGUUUACAAUGGCCGUCAAGAGUACCAUCACUGCCGGAAUCCCUUUAAUCUCCUCCGGAAAUAUCGAGGUUAGCGCUGAAACGACUCUCCAGUUCUCCACGGGGACCACUCAUACCGAGUCGACCACCCACACUGUUUCUGUUGAGGCUGAAAUACCACCAAACCACUCCUGCCGUGUCAGUUUGGUGGGAUAUAAGUACGGGGCAGACAUCCCAUACACUGCACGCCUCAAGCGCACCUACAGAAAUGGGAAGACCUCAUGGACGUCCAUCUCUGGGACCUACAAAAGUGUCCAAAUGGGAGAAGUCCAGGCUGUGGUGGAUCGCUGUACACCUGUACCUAACGCCAGGCCCUGUCCCAUUAAAAAAAAAGAAAAAAGAGAUAAAUGAGAUAAGACACCUGUAAUAUCGUGGAUAGCCUUAACAUUGUAAUGAAAAGCUAAAAAAUAAACCUGCCUUUAUUUUCCAAAUUCCUUAACAUAUUUCAUAAUAAAAUUAAACUGCUUGGCAUUUAACUAUUUCUUCAGUUUUUCAAGCAAUUGUUUUCCGAGCAACAAAUGAAAUGUAUGUUUGUUUCCAUUCGGAAAUGGUUCAGCCAUUCAAAACUGCUAGUAAAAAAGAAGAAUGCAAAAGAUAAAAGAAAAGUAAAAAGAAAUGUGCGCAACCUGGCACUUAUCUGUGUCCAGGUUGCAUUCAUUUAAUUCAUCUUACAUUAUAAUGUAUUGUUAUAUACAGCCUACCUUAUUUCUUUUUGCUUUCAGAAGUCAAAUUUCUCCUGCACUAUUUUGCCAUAAAAACCACAAAAGUGCCUUAUUAAUCUUGUAAUCAUUUUUAAUUGUU